UGCAGACUUGUGACAUCACAGGCAGCAGCUGCUUUAGUGUAGGAGGGCAGCAGUCUCCUCUUUCUCUUUUCUACCCUCUAGUGCUGCUGAAAGCCUCUCUGUGGAGCGGAUCUCACCUCUCUGCCUGCUGUAGCCCUGCCAUUACUUCACAAAAAUUUUCUUUUGCUGCUACAAAUUUGAAACAGAAACAUCAUGUCCUUUAAGGGAGGACGUUACAGGGGAUCAGUCAAAGAUUUCCCAGACUUUGAUGCCAAUCAAGACGCUGAAGCUAUCUACAAGGCCAUGAAGGGAUGGGGUAGCGAUAAAGAAACCAUAUUGGACCUCAUAACCUCACGUAGUAACCACCAGCGUAUCCAGAUCAUUCAAGCCUACAAAUCCCUUUAUGGAAAGGAUCUUAUUGAUAACCUAAAAUAUGAACUCACUGGUAAAUUUGAGAGGCUUAUAGUGGGUCUUAUGCGUCCUCCUGCUUAUUUUGAUGCCAAAGAAAUUAAAGAUGCUUUGGAUGGUGUUGGCACUGAUGAAAAAUGUCUCAUUGAGAUAUUGGCCUCCAGAAACAACCAGCAAAUUCAUGCUCUGGUAGAAGCUUAUAAAGAUGCUUACAACAGAGAUCUGGAGACAGAUGUCAUUAAAGACACAAGUGGUCACUUCAAGAAGAUGCUGGUUGUUCUACUACAGGGCACACGGGAAGACGAUGAUGUCGUAAGUGAGGAUCUGGUGGCUCAAGAUGCCCAGGAUUUGCUUGAAGCUGGGGAACAAAAAUGGGGAACAGAUGAAGCCCAGUUUAUCUAUAUCUUGGGAAGCAGGAGUAGAGAACAUCUUCGGCUAGUGUUUGAUGAGUACCAGAAAAUCGCUGGGAAGUCCAUAGAGGACAGCAUAAAAGGGGAACUCUCUGGGGACUUUGUGGAUCUGAUGCUGGCUGUAGUAAAAUGCAUUCGUAGUACCAAGGACUAUUUUGCAAAAAGACUAUACAAUUCCAUGAAGGGUAUGGGUACAGCUGAUAACACCCUUAUCAGGAUUAUGGUUUCACGCAGUGAAAUUGACAUGAUGGACAUUCGGGAAGCCUUCAGGACAUAUUAUGAGAAGUCCCUUUAUUCAAUGAUCAAGAAUGAUACAUCAGGGGAAUACAAGAAGGCUCUCCUGAAACUGUGCGGAGGAGAUGAUGAUGCCGCUGGGGAGUUUUUCCCAGAAGCUGCCCAAGUGGCCUAUCAGAAGUGGGAGCUUAGCGCAGCAACUCGUAUUGAGCUAAAGGGGACUGUCACACCAGCAGAAGAUUUCAAUGCAGACAACGAUGGCAAAGCCCUGAGGAAAGCAAUGAAAGGAUUUGGUACUGAUGAAGAUACCAUUAUCAACAUUAUUACUAAGCGCAGCAAUGCUCAGAGACAAGAGAUCCUCAAGGCUUUUAAGUCCCACUUUGGCAGGGACCUUAUGGCAGACCUGAAGUCAGAACUCUCUGGUACCUUGUCAAAAGUCCUUCUUGGGCUCAUGAUGACACCAGCCCAAUAUGAUGCCAAGCAGUUAAACAAAGCUAUAGCGGGCGCUGGCACUGAUGAAAAAGCUCUGAUCGAAAUCUUGACCACAAGAAAUAAUGAAGAGAUUAGAUCCAUUAACGCAGCCUAUGAGGAAGCCUAUCAAAAAUCCCUGGAGGAUGCAAUAAGCUCAGACACGUCUGGACAUUUCAAGAGGAUCCUUGUAUCUCUGGCUCUGGGUAACCGUGAAGAGGGAGGGGAGGACCUGGACAAAGCAGUUGAAGAUGCUAAGAUUAUUGCAUCUGUCCUGGAGAUCUCUGAUUCUGGAUCUGGAGACUCCUCCUCUUCCUUGGAAACGCGUUUCAUGACCAUCCUGUGCACUCGAAGCUAUCAACAUCUGAGAAGAGUGUUCCAGGAAUUCAUUAAACUUACAAACCAUGAUGUAGAACAAACCAUUAAGAAAGAAAUGUCAGGAGAUGUGAAAGAUGCUUUUGUGGGUAUUGUGCGCAGUGUGAAAAAUAAACCAGCUUUCUUCGCAGAAAGACUCCGCAAGGCUAUGAAGGGAGCUGGAACAGACGAACGAACACUCAACAGAAUCUUAAUUUCCCGCAGUGAAAUUGACUUGUUUAACAUUCGCCAAGAGUUUAAGAACAUGUAUGAGAAAUCACUGCAUCAAUGUAUUGAGAGUGAAACAUCAGGAGACUACUGUAAAGCGCUGUUAUUCAUCUGCGGUGGAGAAGACUAGACCAAUGGCAUUAUUGAUCUGUCAUCAUAGUCUGUGACCCACAGUACAAAAAUCUUAACCGUAGCUAGAAUCCUGGUGCUCAUGAGCACCUAUGGAAUGCUAACCUCACAAAGCAAAGAAUGUGCACCAAAGAAACACAAUGGAUGGGAAGUUGGGGGGAGGGACUAGACUAUAACUUGGAUUUGACAUCAUUUGGGGAUUUAAGCAAAAGUGCAUCAGUCUACAUUUUUAAAACAGAUACUGCCAGAUUUAUCAUAUUUAUGUGAACACAAACUCAGAUGCAUUCUGGACACUUCUGCCAAUGAAGGUUCUGAGAUGAAAUAAAAAUAGUUGGAUGAACAGUUGGAUGUGGUACAUUUGUUUGUUAAUAACAGGUUUCUAUGAGACACCAAAAUUGAGGUACCAUACAGUGAUUAAUUAAUAUUUACAGGCUUUUGUAGUCUGUUCAUAGUGAGUUUUUAAUAAUUCCUGUGAUAAUCUAUAGCAAAGCUAUACACCUUUAUUAUGCCUGUAAUGUGUCCCUCUCACUUGUACUGCAAUCUAUAGCAACCUUUCUGUAAUAUCAUUCUUUACAAAUUACUAAAUCUUCUACUGUCUAACAUCAAAUGCCCUCCUAUUAAACUUGGAAAUAACAUACAAAUCUAAAUUUAAUUUGCAAUAAAAAGUUUAAUUACACAUGGUUAAAAAAAA